UUGUUUGGAGUUGAAACAAUUGAGAAGACUUGGCCAAAAAAGCGCAAUGCUCCUCCCUCCGUUAUUAAUGGAUUAUUCAAAUGAGGGAGGGAGUAUUAAAAAAUUUAUUUUCAGUCCACGGUUUGCUUGGACAUGGCAACAUCCAAAGCCGGCCAUGCUCCUUCAAUCCAAAACCAAAAGCCGUCCUCUCUCUCUACAAUUCAAUUCAAAAAGAGAGUUCACUCUCCAUUUUGAAUCUCAAUGGAGUAUUCUGGAGAGACUGAUGAGUAGGUGGCUGAUUGAUCAUCCAUCUCCCAUUACGAGAUUACAAUGGCUGGAAACUACAGGUUUGCAAUGGACCAAAAGGAUAUCGUUAGAUUCCUGGUCACCACGGUUGGAAGUUUCAUCCAAGAUCAGUUGAUCAAUAAAGAACAGAGAGCCCAACACAAAGAACAGUGUGCAGAGAGAUUAGCAGCUGAAGAUGGAAGCUGUGAGAAAGACACAGAAGUUCGAUACUCUGAUCAAGCAGUAUUGGCAAAUUUGGAUUGGGGGAUUGAUGCCCUUGAAGAAGCUAUCAAUACCUCCAACAUGGAAACUAAGCUUGCACGAUUAGACCAUGCAGAAAAAAUGUUACAAGUAUGUGCAAUGUUGAACUCUGACCAGAGAACUGCAGGAGUCCCCAAUUUCUACCUCUCUGCUUGGGCCCAUCUCAACCUUUCUUACCUGUGGAGACUGCGGGACAAUGUUCACAAUUCAGUUCUUCACAUUCUCGAGAUGUUUAUUGUUGAUCCUUUCUUCUCACGGAUUGAUUUUGCUCCAGAGCUCUGGAAAGCUCUGUUUCUUCCACAUAUGAGUUCAAUUGUUGGGUGGUAUUCAGAAGCAAGGCACAGGAUUGUGAUGGAAGUGAUUCCUGAUUCCACUGAUUUGUCCUUUACUGCAGAUUUCGAUCAAUUCUUUAAUGAGUCCCUGAUCUUUUCCAUGAGGCCUGAUCAAGCAGAGAAAAUGCAAAAGCUGGAGCAACUUUAUGGAGAAUCAUUGGAUGAGAAUACACGGCUUUAUUCAAAAUAUUAUAUGGAUUGCUUGAACUUUGAUUCAAACACUAGCAAGAGAGCGAUUCCGAUGUUGCCAAUUGCAGAGCCACCAAUGACUCCAAUGCAUGAGGUCAGCAGGUCAAUUCCCGAUUAUGUAAAAUUUGGGCCCAUUCUACCUAAGAGUGCUGGGUUUUCUCUAAUUCUUAAAGCUAAGGACAAUGCAAGAGAAGCUUGCAGAUUGAAUGUCACUUCCAAAUCCUCACAGAACCUGGAGGAGUCUGUUAUGUGGGACCUUCAAGAGGAAACGAUUGAGGAAAAUGAAGAUAAUUCAGAUUAUGAGCCUGAUAGUGCUUAUAUGGAUUCUGAGGACAAAACAUAUCAAGUAGUAUCUCAUAGUAGCAUGAAAAUGAACAUUUAUAAGGAAAUGGGGCCAAAAGUACAGCCACCAAAAAUUAGGAGUCAACUACCUUCUUCGACAAGUUUUUCUUCCACGGACUCCCCUAAAACUUCUCUAAAGAUUUCAUCUCCAAAAUCAGACUCGCAUUGUCAUAAAGGUCCCACAUCCGUAUUGCGCCUCUUAUCCAGCCGUGCCAUGGAUUCCACUGUCUCCACCUCCUUGCCUGUGUCUCCACGUUUGUAUAAAGAUUCCAGCAUUAGCUCAGCAGACUCAGAUGGUGAAGUGAUUGAGCUACCAAGAAGCUGCAGGAAAAACCAUGGACACAAUCAAAGUAUCAGUCAUCAAAAUCUGAAUAGACAAGUAUCAGAAAAUAGCUCCCUUAAUGAAAAUGAUGAAGGAAGCCAGAGCUGCAUUUCUCUCCCAUUAUCUGAUAAACUGACUCCUAGGUCAAGGCCGCCUAAAGAUUUUGUCUGCCCCAUCACAGGGCAGAUUUUUAGUGAUGCAGUUACCCUUGAAACAGGUCAAACAUAUGAAAGAAAAGCAAUUCAAGAAUGGCUGAAAAGAGGAAACACAACAUGUCCCAUUACACGGCAACCUCUAUCUGCCAGCUCACUGCCCAAAACAAACUAUGUUUUGAAGAGAUUAAUCACUACUUGGAAAGAACAAUAUCCUGAUGUUGCUCAGGAGUUCUCUUACCCUGAAACACCAAGAAACUCAUUCAGCCCCCCGUCCACAAAAGAAAUUAUGUUGGCAUCUUCUCCAUCAUGUAAUCCCCCCGACCAUAAGAAGUCAGAUGAUUGUACUAAUCAGAAGUGCAAAAGAUUUAUGCAAACAGUGGUAUCUACUUCACCAACCAGUGUGAUAUCUCAAGCUGCUACUGAAGCGGUUAUCAAUGGGUUAAAACCCUAUGUUUUGUGUCUCUGUAAUUCAGAUGAUUUACAAGAGUGUGAAGCAGCUGUGCUGGCAAUAGCCAAGAUGUGGAAAGACUCAAAGGCUGAUCCGGGAAUUCAUUCUUAUUUGUCCGAACCAACAAUUGUGAAUGGGCUUGUGGAAAUACUAUCAGCUUCCAUGAACAGAGAAGUUCUCAGAACAUCAAUUCACAUUCUUUCUGUGCUAAUAUUUGCUGAUGAAAGUGUGGGAGAGACUCUUACCAAUGUAGAUUCUGAUUUUGAUUGUCUGGCUGCUCUACUAAAGAAAGGUCUUGCAGAGGCUGCUGUUCUUAUAUACCAGCUGAGGCCAGCAUUCACUCAGCUUUCAGCUCGCAACUUUAUACCCUCUCUAGUACACCUAAUUCUGAACAAAAAUGACGAAUCGGAUAAUCUUCUGUUAGUAAUGGAGCCCAAGGAUGCUGCUAUAGCAUUGCUUGAGCAGAUUUUGAUGGGAGGGGAUGAAAACAGCAGAUCCCUCAAUGCUAUGAGUGUUAUCUCUGCAAACGGGAUUCCUGCAUUAAUCAAGUGUUUGGAUAAGGUAGAAGGAAGGCAGGCCAUCGUAUCCAUCCUUUUAUGUUGUAUCCAUGCAGAUAGAAGUUGCAGGAAUUUGAUAGCAAAUAGAAUCGAUCUGUCUUCCGUGCUUGAAUUAUUUCAUACUGGAGAUGAUUAUGUUAGAGGCAUAUGCACAAAGUUUCUCUCUGAGCUAGUUCAGUUAAACAGGAGGAUAUUCUGCAACCAGAUCUUGAAGAUAAUUAAAGAUGAAGGAGCUUUUAGUACCAUGCACACAUUUCUUGUGUAUCUACAAAUGGCCCCCAUGGAGCAGCAACCUGCAAUUGCUUCUCUUCUUCUUCAGCUUGAUCUUCUGGUUGAGCCUCGAAAGAUGAGCAUUUACAGGGAAGAAGCUAUAGAGGCACUAGUUGAAGCACUUCACAAAAAAGACUUUCCUCAUUCUCAAAUCAUGGCUCUAGAUGCUUUAUUAUCUCUUUCUGGACAUCUGACUACCUCAGGGAAGUCCUACACUGAAGCCUGGUUACUCAAGAUCGCAGGAUAUGAUCAACCUUACCAUGCUUUAAUGAAGUCGGAGAGGCUGAAAAUAUAUGAAAAUGAACUGACAGAGACAACGGAAGAGGAAGAGAAAGCUGUCACUUCUUGGCAAAAAAGAGUAGUUUUUGUUCUUUGCAACCAUGAAAAAGGAUCCAUCUUUAAAGCCUUGGAGGAAUGCCUGAAGAGUAAUUCUUUAGAGAUAGCAAAGUCAUGCCUUGUUGUUGCCACAUGGCUUACAUACAUGCUUUAUCAUCUUCCUGACACUGGUGUAAGAAAUGUUGCUCACAAGUCAUUCCUCGAGCCAUUCAUCAAUGUCCUCCAAUCAUCAAAGAAUCUUGAGGAGAAGAUUUUGGCAACCCUUGCUUUGAAUUGCUUCCUUAAUGAUCCAGGUGCAUUAGAAGAACUGGGAGCAUAUGCCAAGUGCAUGUAUAAAACCUUGAGAAAGCUUAAAAAGAAUUCAGUGGUUGUAAGUGACAUGCUAAAAGCCUUGAUAAAGCUGCCUUCUGUUGAUCCAACAGAGUUGUGGUGUUGUGAUGAAGUGGUUGAGCUAGAUUCAUGCUCAAACGGUGGGAUUCUGUCUUUGCUUCCUCUAAAAAGUUGGGUUCUGAGCGGCCAUUCUGAUGGAACUAUAAAGGUAUGGGAUGCUGGGAAGAGAGACUUAAGGUUGAUUCAAGAAGUUCGUGAACACACAAAGGCUGUCACAUGCCUCUAUGCCUCAUCUUCAAGUGACAAGUUAUAUAGUGGUUCCUUAGACAAAACAAUUCGGGUCUGGACGGUCAAACCAGAAGAAAUUCACUGUGUUCAGGUUCAUGAUGUGAAGGAGGCGGUAUACCAGUUGACAGCUAAUGCCAGUUUUGCAUGCUUCUCUUCUCAAGGAACUGGAGUCAAUGUCUACAGUUGGUCUGGGGUUCCAAAACAUAUAAACUUUAACAAAAAUGUCAAGAGCCUUGACAUGGCAGAGGAUAGACUGUAUUGCGGUUGCACUGGUUACAGCAUCCAGGAGGUUGAUUUGUGUAAAUCCACUACAAAUACAUUUUACUCUGGUGCAAGAAAAUUGCUUGGUAAACAAACAAUAUAUUCCUUGCGGAUUCAUGAUGGUUUACUCUAUGCUGGCGGUUCCUCAGUGGAUGGAACUGCAGGGAAGGUGUUCUCCCUCUCGACCAAGGCCUUAACUGGGUCUUUCUUGACUGGAUUGGACAUCCAGCGCUUAGCUGUGAAUAGUGACUUUAUAUUCACUGCCAGUAAAUCUGGGAUCAUUGAGGUGUGGUUUAAGGAAACAGUGACAAGAGUAGCUUCCAUUAAAAUCGGUGGUCAUGGACAUGCGAAGAUUGCAUCCUUGGCAUCAGAUACAGAUGGAGAAAUGCUUUUUGCUGGUUUCCUUGAUGGCAAGAUCCAGGCUUGGGCGCUCGACUGAGACUAUGUGGUAUAUAUUAAAUAUUAGGUCAUUGAGAAUUCUCAAGAAAAUUGAUUGCCCCAGGGUGUAUAUGUAGUAACAAGUGAUUUCUUAGAAUUGGACACCUUAAAUCAAGCUCCAUCUCUUGAUAAUUUCUCUUUUAUAUAUAUUUUUUUCCAUCUUAGAUUUAGAAGAUCAAUUCUUCAGAAACGAAGAUGAUUUGUUUCAUAAAAA